UUUGCACCUUUUACAUUUUGUACGAAUGAGCACUCUUUGUGCCGCCGCUGCUCUGCUGCCUUUUGUUGAAACAGACAACAAAAUUACCAUGAGUUCAAAGAACAACAUGUGUGAUGCUAUAGAGCUAAACCUAGUUGUACGUUAAGUUUCAAGCUCUGUACAGGUGGUGAGGUUUGAGGUACAUUAUCCCUAAUAGACGUUUGAUCUUUGCCACCGAGCUACACCAAGAUAAAUUUAAGAUAAGAUACAUUUCCGGUAAAGUGAGAUGCAUAUGUACUGUAUUAAUGAGGGUUAACACGGUGGCAGGUUUCUAAGAAAAAAAUUGUCUGCAGGAAUUAAAAAAGAAGUCAAAUUGGAGAUACGCACAUUCUGUCUGUAGUUUAACUUUUGUUAACGGAGAGAGAGAGAGAGAAAGAGGGAGGGAGAGCGGGGAGGGGGGGGGCUGCUACUGAAGAUCGCCCACAAUAACAGGAGGAGAGGGGAGAGAUCAGGCUUCCGAAGCACGACUAUAGAGCGUGCUUAAACUUUUAGAGACACCUUUCUAAUGUCGGGGAUAUUUCUGUAUUAUCGGUUUAUAACAAAUCGCACUCAAUGAUUGCCAGCGCUGUCGCUUGCAUUGCUUAUAUUUAUGAAGCGGAAGUUGCAGCAAUAGGAAGUCUGAAAAGAAAGAAGUUAAGAAACUGAAAAGACGAGCGGGGUGUCGAGAUAUUUCGAAUUUGGCCUGAGAGAGUGGGAAUCGGAGCGGGCGAUGGACACACACGUCAAAGAGGGGCAGCUUUACGUGCAGCACCAGAAGUUUGGCAAGAAAUGGAAAAAGAACUGGUUUGUGCUGUAUCCUGCCAGCCAGAAUGGAAUCGCACGGCUGGAGUUCUUCGACAGCAGCAAUGCCAGUGAGAAACCCAAUACCAAGAAGCUGGACAAGAAGAUCAUCCGGCUGGCCGAGUGCAUCAGCAUCCUGCCGGCCGUCACUGAGGCCUGUCCCAAAGACAACAUGGCCGCUUUCUGUGUGGAGACCAAUGACAAGACUCAUAUCUUUGCUGCUGAGAAGCAGACCACUGCUGAGUGGGUGGAAAAGAUGUGUGAGAUCGCUUUCCAGAGGGGCAGUGGGACAGACACCAAUGGCCAGGAGCUGCAGAUGGCAGACAACCUGAUUUACUACUCCAGGGAAGAAGUGAAUGAGUACUGGGUUAGUGUGCAGCGGACGGAGGCCUCUGAGCGCUGUAGCCUCCAGGGCACGUACUGGCUGAAGGCCGACAGCGAGAGCCUGAUCCUGAAGGAGCCCAACACCAAGAAGAUGCUGCUGAUGUGGCCAUAUAAGCUGCUUCGUCGCUAUGGCCGAGAUAAGGUCAUGUUCUCAUUUGAGGCGGGUCGGCGCUGUGAUUCGGGUCCUGGGAACUUCACCUUCGAGACGAAGCAGGGUAACGAGAUCUUUGGGAUUGUGGAAGCUGCUAUCCGGGAACAGAAGGCCCAGGCAGAAGAGCGGCACCAGAGCUGUCCAUCACUGGAUCUGGACAGUGGCUCGCUCCAGCAGAAUCGCUCUCCCAAUUCUGAUAGUGGCGGCGACCCAGAUGGUGAUUCUGGGGGCAGCAAGCCUGGGUCAGCCGAUGGUGUCUUUGGGAAGAAGGAUGCGGAGGGGAAGAACCUGAAAACCCGUAUGCUUCCAGAACCUCCUCCAGCAGUGUCCAGCACCCCACCCCGCUCCCCUCUGGCCCGUGGUACCAGGAGUGCUCCAUCUCAGGAGGACCAGAGCAGUUUGUACUCUGAGCCAGCAGAUUCAGUACGCAUACCCCCCUCCUCUGUGGACUACCUGUACUCUGACCCUGUGGACAGCAUCAAGACCCCCAUGCCGGUGCCACGGCAACGACCCCAGGGGGAUGAAGGUGCACGCAACCAGGGCAACAAGCAAGAGCCACUGUACUCGGACAUCUACGACCGGGUAGACCUUACCCAGCGGACUGCAGCUUUGGUGCUCGAUGGGAGGACGCGAAAUGGAGCUCGGCAGGUGGAGGGGGCACCCAUGGAGCACAUCUACGAUGAACCAGAAGGUCGCGGUACCCCCCAGGGAGCCACAGUCUAUGAUGAAGCCCGAAUCGAGCCCCUGGCCUGGAGAAACCGAGGGCUGGAGGACCCACUGUUUGGCCAUGAGUUCCCCUACAACCCCACCACCGAUGAUUACUCUGUCCCAGCAUACGGCAAACAGCCACAACUCCGAGCCAAGGGCCCCAAGCCUCUCCCGGCCCCCAAACCUAACAAGGUGUUAGUGCCCCGGAAGGACCCGCCUCCACUGCCGCAAGGCAAGAUAGGUGCCAACCUGAACAACAACAACAGCGGUAACGGGGCUAAUCACACAGAUGUCUACAGCCAGAUCUCCAGACGCAAGUCACCAUCCAGUGCUUGGCACUCCGGCUUGUCAUGCUCUCCUGAUGUCAUCUAUGACAACCUUGGGAACAUCUAAUUUCAUGCAGUCAUCUCGCCCGUCGUUUUGAGGUCUGCAACUUUCCUUAUCUGCCUCUUUGUAAUGCCCCCUGACCUAGGGAUUGCAGGUGAGUGCAGAACUGGGGAAUUUAAAUAGUGCCUUCUGCUGGCAGGAUAUGCACUUAGAUGAGUUCUAUCACCACCUCCUCAUCCUGUGGUGGAACAUGUGACUGUGAGACUGGAGCUUCUUCGCUGUGUCCAUUACAUGCUCAGAGACUCUGGCAGAGCAGCUGAUGGCCUUGCCCUGACACUCUAUUUCACCACGGGAUCCUUAUACUGUUUUUCCCGUUUGGUCUGAGAAGAAGAGAGACAGGGAGAGAGGCACACGCUUGUUUUGCACAGUUUGCUCUCAUAAGUUUUGCACAGGUCUCACUUUCUGCCUCAGGAAGAGAUAACCACAGCAGGAAUGUGGUUCUGUUGCUUCAGGGACUCCUGCAGUCCCUUUUCUGUCACAGUAGUGUUGCCCAGCACUGCUGGUGGACUCGUUGAAGGUUACAGAUUGAAUGAAGACUGUGGCUCCUUAAUAUUACCUUGCUGUUUUAACACCAGACCUGUCACUGAGCUGUAAAGUGCUUAUUUCCUAACAAUCUGGUAUCAUCAUUCCUGAAACAUGCUAGGCUAUCUUCAGCACUUAUUUUUUAUUAUUUUUUAAUAUAUAUAAGGGAUAGCCUCUCAUAAAACUAUGAGCCUUGGGUGACAACCUGUUUGUGACAGCAUUAGGUUUUGGGAUCGCCACUUGAGUUCUGACAAUCAGACAGAAGCAGCCAGAAUUACUUUGGCUUGUUUUUAAAAGACAGAAUAUUGACUAAAGUUUGUAUUUUACAUGCAGUUAAGCUAAUCCACUAUCUUUUAUGCUUUUCUGAAACAGCUGCACUGUUGUAAAUAAUAAUAAAAGUAUAUUAAAAUAUACUUUUGUCAUCAUUCACCUGAAUACAGUAUUCAUGCAUGCUGGUUAUUUGAAAUAUCAUUACCUUUUAGAGUUUUAUACCAUUAAACUGGCCAUUAAAAAUG